UAGUUGUGCUCAGUUUCGAUCGCGACUCGGAACUGGUAGGAAGUGCUUUUGUGUUCUAUCAGGAACUGCGGUACCAGGGCGUGCAUAGCGGAUAUGGAUAACGGAAGAAGCGAGAGUGAAAGUAAUGGUGCGACCGACGCGAAGGAGAAUGGCGUCGCGACGGCUGAGAAGUUUGGUGCGCGCGAAAAUUAUCGCAUUAUCAAGAACAUCUCGAUUUUGGGAUUCGCGUUUAUGAUCCAUUUCACCGCCUUUCACGGAACGUCGAAUUUGCAGAGUUCGGUGCACAGUGACGGAUCGUUGGGGGCGUUCACCCUGGCAUCGAUAUACGGAUCGUUAAUAUUGUCAAAUAUUUUUCUGCCCGUCAUGGUAAUCAGGUGGCUCGGAUGCAAAUGGACCAUAGUGGUUUCGUUUGUGGCCUACAUGCCCUACAUCGCAGCGCAAUUCUUCCCGCGCUUUUACACCCUGAUCCCGGCUGGGUUGGCCGUUGGCUUCGGUGGAGGACCACUGUGGUGCGCCAAGUGCACUUAUUUGUCCGUGAUUGCGGAGGCGUUCAGCGUCAUCAAGAAGCGGAAGGUUAAAGCGGACUAUCUAAUUGUGAAGUUCUUCGGGCUGUUCUUUGUGUUCUACCAACUGGCCCAGGUGCUCGGCAACUUGAUCUCGUUCUCGGUUCUUUCUUACGGCGAUGGUGACACCUUCCACAAUGCUACCCAAAACAAUAUCAACAUUUCGGAAACGUGUGGCGCCAACUAUAUCGCCCCGGUGGAUCGACAGCAGCAACAGGAAAGCUCGAGUGUAGACUUCCACAAACCGGACGUUGCCAAACUUAACAUUCUCACGGGAAUUUUUCUUGCCUGCAUGGCAGCGGCUAGCUUCUCAGUGGCAGUUGGAGUGGACUCGCUGGAGCGAUACGACAAAAAUCGAACCGGAUCCGGCACAGGAGUGUCCGGCAUUCGAAUGCUGAUCAUCACGGCGAAACAAUUCACCAAGAAAUAUCAGCUGCUGCUCCUUCCGAUCACCAUGUUCAUCGGCGUUGAACAGGCAUUUAUUGCAGUCGAUUUUACCGCGUCAUUCGUCGCCUGUGGACUCGGCAUAAGCUACAUUGGAUAUGCGAUGAUCAGCUUUGGGCUGGCGAAUGCUGUGGCCGCCGCCGUCACACCCUACAUCACGAAGGUUAUUGGACGGUUUCCGAUGAUCAUCGCCACGGCGCUUUUCCACCUUGCGCUGAUCGUGUUCAUGUUGCUGUGGAAACCAACGGAUCAAUACUACGCCUACUCGAUCAUCGUUGCCUGCUGGGGGCUGGCGGAUGGAAUCUGGCUCAUUCAGAUUAAUGCUUUGAGCGGUAUUCUGUUCCCGGGCAACGAGGAGGCUGCGUUCAGCAAUUUCCGCCUGUGGGAGGCAACCGGUUCGGUGCUAAUGUACGCAACCAGUCCGAUCCUGUCGACCUUCACGAAGCUGGUCUGUAUCAUGUGCGUUAUGCUAAUCGGGACCGUUGGCUAUACAACUAUUGAGGUUAUGGAAUAUCGAAUCAAGAAGGGUGCCGCCGGGAAACGAUUUGAAAUGAUACAACAAGCGAGUUAAGUGUUGCAUUUAAAAUUAUAAUAUGAUUGUGUGUAAGCGAUAUGGGUUUGUGUCGUGCAGCGCUGAUACAAAUGUAACAUAUCUAAAUCUGUAUUAUAGUGUGUAAAUUUUAAUUGAAAUCUGGCAUAAUCCACCUGAAUGUAUCUCAGAUAGAAACGAGAGACCGUGAUUUUUAAAAUAAUUCCCUACUCUAGAUAAACAUGAAAACUGAUUUUUUUUUUAAAUAAAGUUUUAAGAAAAUCA